UCGACUUCCCGGCGUGUUGGCGUUCGAGAAAAAACGGAUCUGGAAAAUGCCCAAAAGCAGCUGGAACUCAAACAUUGUAAUGAAAAGUGGCCAGGGCAACGAAAUAGUACCAAAAAUUAAGCACAUGUGGAGGAAAUAAUCUAAAUUUCAGAAAUAGUUUCUUUACUUUAUAUUGCAAUGUAAAAGAGAAUAUUUUUGGUAAUCGUAUUUAUUGAAUGCAAAACAUCUUAAACUUCAUUUCGAGAUCUCCCGAAUUCGUAUUGUACCCCUUUGAAUGUAACCAUUACAGAGAUGAGUAAGUGAGACCCUGAUCCGGGGUCGAACAUAAAUUAGGAACCUCAAAUUGCAGGCCGAGAUUCGAAAUUGCAGUGGGAGAUGGCAGAUGGGCUUGGGCAAGAAGCUCGCUCUUUAAUUAAUUCUUAGAACGGGUUUCAAGUAAAUACCCCUGGACCCAUAUUGUACAUAUGGUGUGUAUGUAAGCGAGUGUCUGGAUGCUGGACAAUAACCGCUGUCUUUCCUUACUCACAAUCAAUUCAAAGUCAGCUUCCCAUCCAGACAGCAGCAUGUUCAAGAUUAUCAUCGUCUUCCUGGCCCUUUCCAUGGCCGUCGUUCUGAGUGCUCCGGUGGAGCACGGCUCAUCCACCACCCAGCCACCGGUGGCAAUUCUCGAAUCAUCUCACGAAAAGCACGAGGACGGAUCGUAUACCUUCUCCUACCUCGGCGAGGAUGGCACCCACAGACAGGAGGAGGCCGUGGUCAGGAACCAGGGCACUGAGAACGAGUACCUGGAGAUCAGCGGCUCCUACUCUUACUUCGAUGCCAAUGGGCAGGAGGUGACCGUCAACUACAAGGCCGAUGACCACGGAUUUGUGCCCGAGGGCGGAGCAAUCCUACCCCAGAUUUCGCUGGCCGCCAAGCAGGUCAGCGAACAGGUGUCCCAGCCAGAUCUUGAUUACGAUAAGCCUCCUAAGGUCCAAUAA